AGCCGAAGCCUAAGUUUACUACAUAGAACGUCAGUGGCACGCACACAGGUGUGCCACACUGUUCCCCACGGCCCAUUGUUCUUGUUGAGUGUCUCGUCUGGCGACGAAGAAUCUGGUCGCUAGUGUACAACUCGCCAGUAUGCAGCCCAUCUGAGGGACAAAAUGCACAUACAGAUACAUAACAUGAAGGCAGUGGAACUUGGAAGGGAGGCGCCAUUGCAGUCGGAAUCUUCUGGGUAUCUUGUAUCAUCGCAAUAUGUAGAGAGACUUCAGGGCCUGACCCUAAAGCUUCAGGGUGAAGCAAGGAAGAUGAUGCCCGGCAAAACUCCAGGUGUACCCUCUGCAGCUGUGCGGUGUAUCUCCAUGCCUGGCUCAGAAUAGGGUGGUGGGUGUCUAGUACUCCGAAGGGAAAUCUGCUUAAAUACUGGCCGCUAUUGCUCUGUCCUUCCUCAUCUCGCUUUCCAUUCGUUUCCAACUGUGCGGUAUCAUCUCACUCAUUUACUCCCUUAACUUACACCUCCAACACUUCCAGUCCCCUUCCCAAUAAUACAAUCCCACUGUCCAAGAUGCACUCCGCUACUUUCUUGAUCGCCGUCGUUGGCUUGUGCAGCUACAUGCCUCUCACCAUGGGUGCUACUUCCACCACUGUUGGAGCUCCUUCCCCUGACUCCUCCAGCGCCGCUCCCACUGGGUCCGCGGACCAAUCCAAGGACGGUCUCGGAGCUUCUGACAAGCAAGCCUCAAAGGACACCACCACCACCCCGGCAAACACCAAGCCUACCAAGGACGGUGCCAACCCCAAGGAUGGCUCUAAGGAUGGAUCCAAGGAUGCCUCCAAGAACGGCUCCAAGGACUCUUCGGCCACCAAGGACCCUAGCUCAACUGAUGGCUCAGCCAGCAGUGGCUCUCCUGCUGGCCCCCCGAUGGUCAAAGGUGACAUGAGCACCGGUACUUGCAUGUGCCCCGGCGCCACUCCCCCCCCUCCCUCUGAGAAGGAUGGCAAGCCGGGCCCUCCCCCCACCGAUGACACCAACACCACCCCCCCUAAGGGUGACACCGGAAAGACCUCGACUCCCCCUGCCACUACUCCCCCACCCACCGGAGACAACAACUCGACCUCGAGUGCCACUUCGAUGUCCGGUAACGCAGCCUUCAUCACUGGAUUCAUCUCAGUGGCCGUUGCAUCCCUCGUGGUCUAAGGCCCCCAGUCUUUCUCUCUUCCGAUUCUUCAUCAUCAUCCACCCCUGCAUUAUUUAGAUACCCAUGGAAUACUUUUUGUCCGUUCUUGUACGCCGCCCACAAACAGAGAGAGUUGUAUGAGCCCUUGCAAUCAGUCAACCCUUGUCGACCAGCAUCCCCCCCCUUCUCCUCUUCUCACUGCGCAUCCUUUUUGUCCCUCUGCCACGUUGUGAAGUACUCUUGAAAGACAAUUAGAGAUUACCCAAUCCCAAGCCUCUUGUGUGUGUUUUUCAUUCGGAGUACUUGAAAUCGAACGAGUGGCAUUGCCUGCAACACAGUUUUUUUGCCACCGUUCCAGGUGAGCAGUGUUGUAACAUCCAGUUGCCGAAUGAACCCUCUGCAGACAAUUCUCCAUCGGCCUGAUUCAUUUGAAGUGUCCCCUCAUAAACUUUUUCAAACCCGUCUCCCAAUUAAAAGUGAAGAAAUGUCGAUGGCCCUCAUUUGACACACAUCCCUCGAGCCGCCCCGGGCUUGACUCCAGUUUGUGAUUUUUCCCUUUCCAUAGUCCGUUCACAUUGUGUGCGCAAGCCAGCCCAACGGUAUAACUCAUACCACUCCAGUCCUCGCUUGUCUACUUUCCAGCCCUUAAGAUUCCGACAACCUUCUAAAUAAUCGUUCAUCCAAUAACUUGAUAUUCACUGGGAACACUCCACACAAGUUGCCCUGCGUUGAUGGCACCAGUGUUCCAUUUUUUUGUGCGCCA